AUGCCUGAUCUCAACUCCGUUCCCGCCUCACCACAUCCGCAAACCGCCUCUCGACGCUCUUCCUCUCACCAAAUUCCGCCUCCUCCGCUUCCGAGUCAAUCGUCCAACUCUUCCUCACUAAACAUCCUUCCCUCGAACCAGAACAUCGUCAACCACCCCAACCCCUCCGUCGGGUCUCCGCCAAUGGCCCCGUCAACCGUCGCAUCACUCCCGGCCGCCCCUGAGCCAUCCGUUUCCGGCCCGGGCCCUAUCCGCCACCCGCGACCCAUCACCGCCUCCGAGCUUCACAUGCAGCUCGAGAAGGAGCAAGAGGCAGUGGUGAACCGUCUUACACGAGAGCUCCAGCUCCUCCGCACGGCCCAGAACGCCUCGGUCGUCUCCAAUGCCUCGUCGACAUCUGCCUCCAACACGACCGAGGGCCCCGACACCCACCUUCUGUCCGGCGCCGCCUUCUCCACCCCCUCCGUUCCCUCCAAUAGUUCCCGCCAACACCACCGCACCGCCUCGAAUGCGAGCACCCGAAGCCAGACUGCCGUCGCCGGCUCCGCUGCCGUCUCUACCGCCUCCAUGCCAGUGCCGAGACCUGCCAACCCCGUUCGCCAAGACAGCGUAGCCUCGCGCCACAGCCUGUCCUCGUCGCCCGCGCCGUCGUCCCACUAUUUGGACCCGAGCGGCGGCGGCCUGACAUACUUCCAACAGCAGCGCCUGCUACAGCAAAACACAGGAAGCGCAUCGGUCGCCCACACCCCCGGGGGCAGCGAAUUGCAGCUGUCGCCUGGACUCAUGCCCACCACGUCAAGGUACGAGGAAACGGCGCUGCACCGCCAGGAGCUGGAGAACGCCAAGAAGGAAAACGAGGCGCUCAAGCAGCGAAUACGCGAUCUGGAGAAGCUCGUCCGGGAGCAGACGGCCGGGCGGGAGAGGAGCGGAAGCACCGGCAGUGCUGCUACUGGUACCGCCACCAGUGCGGGCGUGACGACUGGGGGCGCCGGCAUUGCCGGCCCCAGACGGCCGGGAGGCGAGCGGGAGCGGUCGUCGACCACGAUGAGCGUCGCCAGCAGCGUAGCUGUCGGUGUGCCUGACGAAGAGCUGCAGGUUGGGGAGAGCGCGGCGAGCUCCGGGUUGAAUCCCUGA